AUGUCCAGUUCAAAGUCCGUUCAGCGCAGCAAAUGUAAAAAAGAACUCAAGUGUGAUAUCUGCCAACGGAUGUUUACCCGCACUUUUGCUCUGAAACGACACUUGAGGAUACACACGGGUGAAAAGCCAUUCACUUGCAAUGUGUGUCACAAAUCUUUCUUCCAGUCAUCCGACCUAACACAGCACCUGCGUGUGCACACUGGUGAGCGUCCAUUCAAAUGCAGUUUAUGCACGGCUGCAUUCUCUCAACUGUCAGCCCUCUCACGGCACCUACGGUGUCACUUUGGAGAGAAGCCGUACAUCUGCACAGUGUGUCAACGCGCCUUCUCCCAGUCAUCAGCACUGACCCGGCACAUGUGCUCACACUCUGAAGUAAAACACGGCAAUGGAGAUAUAAAUAAGGGAGUUGUUGGGGAGCAAAAAGAAUGCAAAGAAAUCAAUUCCCCUUCAAUAGAACAAAAGCCAGUAGCAUUUCUAAUGCCCCAGUCUGCAGACCCUAAACUUCAGGAAAAACAAAACAACACUUCAGAGACAUUCAGUUUAUCAUGUCUAUCAAAACCACCAAUGCCACCAUCAUCAUCAUUAUCAUCAUCUUCACUAAUGUUAGAACCUUCUCUUUCUGUAUCAGUGAAUCCUCCAGUUAAGCAAGAAACAUCACCUACAGUAACCUCAGAAAAUGAUGAAACCUACAAAACUGGGGCAGAAAAAAUGAAAACAAACAUGUCCCAUUCAAAAUCUGUACGAUCCAACAAAGGUGAGAAAGAAAUAAAAUGUGACAUCUGUCAGCGAGUGUUUACCCGCGCUUUUGCUUUGAAACGACACCUGCGGAUACACUCAGGCGAGAGGCCAUUCACAUGUAAUGUGUGUCACAAAUCUUUCUUCCAGUCAUCUGACCUAACGCAGCACCUGCGUGUGCACACUGGUGAGCGUCCAUUCAAAUGCAGUUUAUGCACGGCUGCAUUCUCUCAACUCUCCGCACUCUCACGGCACCUACGGUGUCACUUUGGCGAGAAGCCGUACGUCUGCUCCGUGUGCCAACGUGCCUUCUCUCAGUCAUCAGCACUGACCCGGCACAUGUGCUUACAUGCUGAAGAAAAACUGUACAGCUGCGAGAUCUGCGGCGAGUCAUUCACAUGGUCUGAGCCACUUUUGCGGCAUAUGUGGACACAUACUGGCGAGAAACCCCACAAAUGUGAGAUUUGUUCCAAGACAUUCUCACGAGCUUCUAACCUGUCCACUCAUAUGCGGGUGCAUUCUGGUGAGAAGCCAUUCAUAUGUCCCUUGUGCAGUAGAGCAUUUCCAGUUUCAUCCAAUCUCACCAGACACAUGAAGACCCAUAAGGAGUCAGUCAAUGAACAAACCUCUGUAGCUCCUACAACCCCUACAAUAUUAACGUUUGAUUCUCUAACUGAACCUACUGUUUGA